ACCAGCAUGCCCUCCUUCCUUCUACCAGGUUCUAUCCUGGAAACUACCACUAGGUUUGUGAUCUCAUGCAACCUCUUUGGGACUCACCUCAACCAUAAAAUGAGAAUUCAAUGAAUAACCUCUAAGGUUUAAGUCCUAUGAAUACCAAUGGCUUCUCCCUUGUGCUGCUCACUGGCAUCAGUGAAUAAGAGGUCUCACUCCUAAUUACUGCAGAGAAACAGGCAGGAGUUUAAAAGAAUAGAGCCAAAGAAAGUCUCAUGACUUUUACUAUUAAACUCUGGUUUCUCCUCCUCUUAGGGAGAAUCUGAUUUCCCUCUCCUUGGUUUUCAUCCCUUAGGACCUAGGUCAUCCUUUUGUGCAAAGAAUCGGCACUGAGAUUAAAAGUAGAGACUAUUUAGGGCUUUAGAGCCUCUUCUGUCCUGACAUUACUUCCUAGGGAAGAGAUGUAUCCUGUCCCCCUUCCAUAUUCUCUUAGAAGCCUAAGAAUCUAUCCCCCAAUUCUGAAGACCAAGACUCUUUUAAGGCUGGGGCCUGAGGCCUGGGAAAGAAGACUGCCGUAGAGUCCCUGCUCUGAUGGUCUGCCAAGUGGGCCCAGGAGAGAGCUGACAAAAAGCCCCUUCCUGUACUGCCUUGGUGGGGCACAUGCAGGGGCGGCUAGGGAGGGGAAAGGGUGGUGUAGAGUUUUUGUCCCUGAGAAAAGAGGGCCAAGAUUGCUCUCGUGGGCUGGACAGGUGCCCAGGGCUUGACUUGGAAUGCGAAGGAAACCUGGAUCCGCAUGUGAUUCUCCCGAAUCCCCGCCCCCACCAGUAGCCCCUCACUGCACUCCCCCCUUCCACCGUCCCGAGCUCUCCCUCAGCUCUCCACCCCCUGGCCGCGUCCCUUAGGCCUGCCUGCCCCAGAGCUCCAGUUCGAGCUCUGCAACCCGCAGGACUCCACCAGGCGAAGCCCGAGCUAGGACUGGGUAACGAGGUCCCAACCGGCUACAGCCGGGGGCGCGGGGCUGGGCGGUAGCGGCGGCGGCGGCGGCGGCAGCAUCUUCGGCUCCAACUCUGUCUCUAGGGACGCGACCUCGAGACCGAACCCAGGGCCAGGUUCUUAUCCGGAAGUCCUCCUGUGCAGACCUUGUCGGAUGUCUAACUCUCCUAGACGGAGGACAUCAGUGACCAAUCUUCUGAGACUCGUAUGCUCAUGUAGACGGGGCGGGUUACUGAGUGGAGCAGAUGUUUAAUACGAGUCAAACGUCUAAUGCUUGUAGAUGGCAUCAGAGACUAAUCCUCUGAGACUGUAUCUACGAAUUCUCCUGUAGACUGUGUCUGGGAAUAAUCCGCCAUAGACGGCAUCCUUGUCUGCCUCACAUAGGUAGCCGGUGACUUUUCCCACAGUCCUAGAGCCCAGCUCUCCGGCCUCGGCGGGGAGUUAUAGAUAUACCCUGGGCCCGAGGGAUAGCGGAGCCUCAGAAGCCCCACUCCCGGGCAUCCUGGGGCUUUACUACUUCAGGUGAGGGAUAGGAACCGGGGACCGUGAUCUGCUCCAGCGUCAAAUCCUUCCACCUUUCGGAAGCGUGAAACCUGCCAACAAAGUCAAUCCCGCAGUCUGUGGUUAUAAAAUUCAGGUUCUCCCCACGGGACUCCGCCCUGUAGUUCUCCGGGAGACUGAGGUUUCUGUGGGUAAUGGGAAGGACGAGUGGCGCUGGGAGAUGGGACCGGCUGGACGUCUGGGUUACUGUCGCCUGCAGGCUCCAAUGCUAGGACCCAGUCUCUUGCCGCUGGCCAGUCUGGCCCUGUUCUCUACGGCUUUGCUGCUCACGGCCACCUGGACCGACUGCUGGGUGGUUAACUCAGAUGACAGUCUGGAGGUAAGCCACAAAUGCCAAGGGCUGUGGCGGGCGUGUGUCACCAAUCUACUGGAUGGCAUUCGGACUUGCGACCAGUACGAUUCCAUCCUGGCCACACAUCCACGACGUCGGGUGCUGACCAGAGCCCUGUUGCUCGUGGCUGGGAUGCUGUGUAGCUGUGGGUUGGUGGCCCUGCUCCUCACUCUGACCCAAGUGCAGCUCCUGGGGACUGAUCCCAGGAGAAGGGUUCGGCUGGCCUGGGCAUCAGGAUGCCUCUUAGGUGCCGGAGGGUUCCCUGGAGCACUGGGGUCACUCUGGUUUGCUGUGGAGGUGGCUAUGGAGCGAACCCUACCUACUCAUCCCCGAGGACCUCUUACUGGCUAUUACGAGUGGGGGUGGUCUUGCUGGUUAGGUAUUGUGGGAUCUGCUGGCUGCAUGGCCACUGCUUUGGGUCUGGCCUGCUGUCUUCCAGGCCUCCGGCUCCCAGGUAGGAGGGGCCAUGGACACCAAUUCAGAAGCCGGCUGCACCCACAGGCCAUAUAUAUCCUGGACUCCAGCGUAUAAGGACAUAGCUGCCUCAACCCUUUAUCAGCACUGCCACAUUUAGUCUCAGAGUCAUGGAGCCAGAGGGGAGUUCAAAGGAUACCAGGACUCAUCCCAAGAUUAAGUUGAUGUUUAAAAGUUUUAUUAAUAUCUUUUGUUUUUAGAUUAUAUCCAUUUCCCAAUACAUUUCUUCCCUACCUUCCUACCCAACAAGACUUUCCUCAUAACAAAGAUUUUUUAAAGAAAUAUAUCCAUUCAGCAGAGCCACCUUGUUCAGCCUCAUAUGCAAUUCAUCAAGUAUUUAUUAAGUGCCUAGUAUGUACUAGGCCCUUCACUGAGUCCUAGGGAUACAAAAAAAGGCAAAAAAUAAUCCCUAUUCUCAAAGAGUUUACGGACUAGUGGGGGAGAAAACAUGCAAACAACUAUAUAGAAAUAAGCUACAAAUAGGAUAAAUUGGAAGUAAUUUCGAGGAAAGGGGAGGCAAUUUCACAUGCAUAUUUCAUAUGAAUAAUUCUUUGUUUCUCCACUGAAGAGAGGUACAUUAUAUUAUCUCAUCUCCAGGGUCAAAGCUGAUCAUCAUAAUUGUGCAGUUAUGGCAAAUAAAAUUAAUAAUGGUAAACUCAGGUACAGCGUUCCAAGCAAAAUCAGUUUAUUAAUAGUAAUGUGUAUAACUGAUAAAAUGGGUCAGAUUGGCAACUUCAGUAAAGCCAGAAACCCCAAUAACAGGGUCCUCUUUACUGACACAGAACAAAAAAGGGGUCCUGGUAGAUGUGGACAAAAAGUAAUAGGUUGUCAGUCUUGGGCAGGAAGAUUAUGAUUGAUUAUACCAAGAAAGGUGGGUUGCCAUUCUUGUGAGGUUAAUUACCACCUCUCUCUGACAAUUAAGAAAUUUUAAUUGUUUUAUGGGAUCCAUUUGCAUCUUGUAAUUUUUGUUAGGGGAUAAAAACUACCACAUUUGCUGUCUCCUUGAAGUGAUUAAAAAUCCCUUAAUUGUACAAGGACAGGCAAGGACAGACAAAAAAAAAUCUUUUGAGGAAUAGUAUCCACUUGUAGGUCUUAAAGAUAACAAACAUAUCCUGGGAAUAUCCCCAGGGCUACUGGUAAGAAAGAUAACAACUUUAAUUCAGAAGGAAAUAGAAAUUCCUGAACUCAAGGACAUAGAAAAGCAACUUUAGGGAUCAAAGUAGUAUUAAUUUUCUUCAGUGUUCAGAUCAAUGUUCUUUCCAUUUAAUUUUUUGUUGUCAUUAUGCAUAUUAAAAUACAAUGAUUAAGCAGAACUUGAUCUCAUAAGUUCACAUAAAUCUUAUUAUUAUUCUCAGAAUUCAUCAUAUUUGCCAUUUCUUAUGGGAUUGCAAUAUUCUAUAUGUACUACAAUUUAGCCAAUUCUAAUCAGUGAGCACUUUGUUUUCCAGUGUUCUUUUUCAACUACAGUGCUGCAUAUUUUAAUACAUAUGGGGAUUUUCUUUUUUGUUUCUUUUGUUAUAUACCUAAUAUACCUAUAAGAACCUCUGGAUCAAAGAACCAAUUUCAAAUUUUAAAUAGACCAAGGAGAGGGAAAUGACUGAUAAAAGUCAGAGAACAUAACAGAUCGUUUUUGCACCAUGAAAUCUCUUUCAUAGGCAUAGUGUAUGCAAUUUACUACUCUUGGUCUGUCUUGGGAGUUUAUGGCUCUCCACACCACAAUUAUUUCUGCUCCAUUUUCUCCCUCAACCGCCUGCCAUUGACUCCAGCUGCAACUUGUUAAGCAAUGGGACCAUUUCUUGUUUUUCUAUAUCUGGUAGGAGCAC